AAUGCUCUGUCGGCACGUGCUGAUGUUGAUAAAGCUGCUUAUGCUGCUCGUGAACUCUGGUUGGCUUGUCUCUCCUUGAGAAGUGCAUUAAGACUUGGGACUGAUGGUGCUAAAUCAUGGGAGGAGCAACUCAAACCUCUCAAUGAACAGAUAUCAGCAAUCAGAGCAGCAGCAGGGGAGGGUAAUCCUUAUAUUGGUGCUGUUCUGAAUGCUGUAUCUGACGAGGCUCAGACUCGAGGAGUUUAUACAGAAGAAGCCUUGAGAGAGCGCUUCAUCAAGAUUGAGAGAAUUUGCAAGCGUGUCUCUAUGAUAGGGGAUAAUGGUGGCUCUCUGAUUAAGUACCUCCUGUCAUAUCUACAAAGUUUUCUGGUCUUAAAUGCCUUUGAGUACUUGCCUGGAAGUGAAGUUCGUGAUGAAGAAAUUGCAGUUGAUGAGCUCUCCACUUAUGAUAUAUUAGCCAGAGCCAGAUAUUGCUUGGAUAAGGAUGACCUACCUCAGAGCAUUCGCUACAUGAACCUACUCCGAGGAGAACCUCGCAAUGUUGCCAUUAGUUGGUUACGGGAGGCCAGAUUAACUCUGGAGACACGUCAAGCUGCCGAUGCUCUUUUGGCUCAUGCUGCUGCUACAGCUGUUAAGGCUCUGUAAAGCACUUUAACCUUCCAUUGUUACCUUGUGAAUUUGUAGCACACCAUAUCUCAAGAAAUAACAAGAUUGUGGAACUGUUUGCCUGCUGUAUCUCCUAAUAUCCCACCUGCAAGAGAUCUCACUCAUUCAAACUAAAAAUUACUUUAUUAAUCAGAAUAUUUCUUCUUUCAGUAAAGCUGAUAUUGGAUUUAAUGACUUUUGGUCCAUAAUUGUUCAUAAUAAAGACAGUAUUAGGAGUUGGGUGUAUGGCAGAUAUUUUUACCAAGAACGAAUUUUCAGAAAUCAUUUUUUUAUGGAAUAGGGAGAUUACAAAAUUAGGAAUAAUAAUAAUAAUUAUUUUCACAAAUGAUUCACAAAUCUUUACAUAAAAUACAGGAACAAAAGACAUAACUGAAUGUUGUUAAUGACCUUCAUGAGUGGUGCUUUCUGUAAAUUUAGUAGUUCUAUAUUGGCGAUUGAAAACCCAGUGGUCAGGUAUAAAUUAGUGUAGUAUAUUCCACCUAGAACAGUCAAGAAACUUAAAGCUAUUUAGUGAAGUUAGGUGAUGUGUUGUCAGGUGAUACACAGUGGCAGUAUCUGAACAACUUUGGUUGUAUCUCAAAUUUAAGAGAGCUUUGUGAUUUUUAAUUGCUGAAGAACUUAAUGUUCCAACAUAUUUCUGGAAUUUAGGUUUAUACAGAAUAUCACCAUUCAUUCCGUUAAUAUGUAUAUAUUGUUCAUACUGUGUAAAGGAUCAUACUUUGGAAAUGAAAUGAUAUCUAAUG